UCCUAACUUAACGCAAUUAAUCAACUUCCAACAUCAUUUUUGGCUCAAGAUUUUGGUUAAUUUGUUGAUAUUGAAUGACCAUUGCCAACCUUGUAGCCAAGGUUCUGUUUUUCCCCCCCACAAUCCUAGCUACCAUUCUGAAUUUAUUUACAGCUUCUUUUAUGAUUCUAACAAUUUAUUCAUUUUAUACAACUUCAUAAUAUUUGCUCUUGUUAUUCUCCUCCUUGAUAUUUGUUUCUAUUAUUGUUAUUAUUAUUUAUACACACGACACGAUCAAUGGAUCAAGGAGAACUUGCACGAAUUUUUCAAAUGUUUGAUCGAAAUGGGGAUGGUCGUAUUACAAAAAAAGAACUUAGUGACUCAUUACAAAAUCUUGGUAUUUGUAUCUCCGAACAAGAUUUGGUCCAAAUGAUUGAAAAAAUCGACGUAAAUGGAGAUGGAUAUGUUGACAUUGACGAAUUUGGUGAGUUAUACCAAACGAUAAUGGAUGAUAAAGACGAGGAGGAGGAUGAUAUUAAAGAGGCAUUUAAUGUGUUUGAUCAAAAUGGAGAUGGGUUCAUAUCGGGCGAGGAAUUAAGCGCGGUGUUAUCAUCUUUAGGCUUAAAAAAUGGAAAAACUUUAGAAGAUUGUAAAAAUAUGAUCAAGAAAGUCGAUGUAGAUGGUGACGGAAUGGUUAAUUUCAAAGAAUUUAAGCAAAUGAUGAAAGCUGGUGCUUUUGCUGCCGAUUCAUUAAGUUGAUGAAUGGUAAGUGCUUUUCUCACUUAUGGUUAGAUGAUUUUUGUUGCACACAAAAGAAGAAACAAGAUACCCUUUGUAGAAUGUUAGGUAUCAUGUUAUAAUGGGGAAAAAAGGGGGGAAAUGGUGUCUUGGUUGGUGAUUAUAUUUGAUGGAAAUUUCUCAAGUUUUUGUAAGGUUGAUUCAUUGAUUCCUCAAUAUUUUCCAACCUUAUGUAUCUUGUUAGUGCAAUGAAAACUUUAUAUGGAGAAGAGGCAUACAUAUAUGCCCUCAUUUUUCAUAUUUUUCUUCACACAUAUUGAUGUCUUUGCAAUUAAGUUAUUUGAUUUGUUUUU